AGGAGCAACUCAGCAGACUAAUCACAUGAUAGCGGUUAGCUUUCUGAGGAAGUCAUUCAUCCGCAGACUUAGGGCAAAAACUGGCUGUGUUUGUAAACCUACUGAGCUGCCUACCUAGACAGCAUUUUGGGACGUUCCGAAUCAGCUCGUUGCUGACUGGCUUUUAUAUCUAAAUCUAUAUCCGAGUUGUUAGUGAGGAGCAUAAAUACAGUCUAGUUAGCCAUUUCCUUAAGGCUGAAAUACAGCCAUAUGUGCCUAAGGGGAGUUCCCAAAUGACUCCUGUAAACUAAAUAUGCCUUGACAGUGGUUUUCUGUUAUUUCGCCAACUACAUCUAACUGCAGGGAUAUGUUUAUUGUACCAACCACACACUGAUCACGAGUUGCACGCUGUGAAAACAGUAUCCGGAGUGCUUGCUCGACUCAGGGUUUGUUGUCGGAUCAUUAAUGUGUUAAUACUCCAGCGGGGAAAUAUGCUGUCAUUCGAGGAAGCUAAAGCGAGGUUAGAAACUGCAGGACAGAGCCAUGUUUUACAAUUUUGGGCUGAACUUUCUGCGGAAGAAAGCAACGCGCUUCUGGAGGAGAUAUCUCAGCUCAAGCCCGAAGAGUUACUCGAGCACUGCCGAGCAGCUGCUGAGGCUGGAAGCCGCCACUCGAGUGCUGAUGGUCGGCUAGACGCGCGGAUGGAGCCCGUUCCUCCAGAGUUCAUCGGAAGUGUGCGUAAAAGUGACAAAGAAACACUUCAGAUGUGGGGUGAUGAAGGGUUAUUGCAGAUUUCACAGGACAAAGUGGCUGUUUUGCUGUUAGCCGGUGGUCAGGGGACUCGGCUUGGAGUGCCAUAUCCCAAGGGCAUGUACAAUGUUGGGCUUCCAAGUGGGAAAACCUUGUACCAAAUCCAGUCUGAGCGUAUCCAGAAGGUGCAAGAGCUGGCCAAUGUGAAGCAUGGUUGUAGAUGCACAGUACCAUGGUACAUAAUGACCAGUGAGUUCACUUUGGAACCCACAGAGAAGUUCUUCAAAGACCAUCAAUAUUUUGGCCUUUGUCCAUCCAACGUAGUCAUGUUUGAGCAGAGAAUGAUACCAGCCGUUGGCUUUGAUGGAAAGAUCAUCCUGGAGAAGAAGAACAAAAUAGCCAUGGCUCCAGAUGGAAAUGGCGGCCUCUAUCAUGCUCUAGUGGACAACAAGAUUUUAGAGGACAUGGAGAGAAGAGGUGUGGAGUAUCUUCACGUGUACUGUGUGGACAACAUCUUGGUGAAAAUGGCAGACCCAGUCUUUAUUGGCUUUUGUGUAAGCAAAGGGGCAGACUGUGGUGCCAAGGUGGUGGAUAAGGCGUAUCCUGCAGAGCCUGUUGGAGUGGUGUGUCGUGUAGACGGCCUGUAUCAGGUGAUCGAGUACAGUGAGAUCCAACCAGAGACUGCAGAGCUGAAAGGCCCAGGAGGAGAGCUCCUGUUCAGGGCUGGGAACAUCUGCAACCACUUCUUCACCCGAGGCUUCUUAAAGGACGUGGCUGACAAGUUUGAGAGUCAGCUGAAGCAGCAUGUGGCAAUCAAGAAAGUGCCAUUUGUGGAUGGAGAAGGGAAGCUGGUGAAACCAACCAAGCCCAAUGGCAUUAAAAUGGAGAAAUUUGUCUUUGACGUCUUUCAGUUCUCAAAGAAAUUUGUCGCCUUUGAGGUGCUGAGAGAGGAGGAAUUCUCACCCCUGAAAAAUGCUGAUGGGGCGCCUCUGGACACACCAACUACAGCACGCCGAUCCUUGUUAGCACAACAUUACCGCUGGGCUCUGGCAGCUGGUGGAAACUUCCUUGAUGAGCAAGAUAAACCCAUCCCCCCAAAACACAGUACGACACAGAAUGAAGACCCUCCAGCGAUCUGCGAAAUCUCUCCACUUGUAUCAUACUUUGGCGAGGGGCUGGAAAAGCUGCUGAAACAGAAGAACUUGAAGUCUCCUUUUCUACUUGAUGAGAAUGAAGCCAAGAAUCUUGUGCAAACUAAAUAGUGCUUCCAAAUGAGAAUUCUAUCAUGUUCAGGGCCAGGCAAAUAUUAAAGGAAAUGAAAGGGAUGUUUACAAAUCAAAAAUAAAUCAAUCAAAAAAGUUUGGAGUCGGUAAGAUUUUUGGUGAUAAAAUACUCACCAAAGCUACAUUUAUCACAGAUACAGAACAAAUGACCAUGACAACUUAAAAUAACACAUUUUUUUUAAAAUAUUAUUAUUUUAAUAUAUUUUAAAAUGUAAUUUUUCCCCUAAUGGGAAAGCUGAAUUUUCAGCAGCCAUCACUCCAGUCUUCAGUGUCACAUGAUCCUUCAGAAAUUCGCGCUCGAGAAACAUUUUUUCUUAUAAGUCUUUAAACCGUCAUUGAUGUAUAGAAAUUUUAAAUAGCAAAAAUAUUAUUGUAAUGAAUUUUAUAAUUGUGAAUGUCGAUCCUUGGUGAAUGAAACUAUUCAUUUUGUUAAAAAAAAAAAUCUUACUGACCCCAAAUAUUAUUACAUAAUUAUAUAUAAUAAUUAGAGUAAGGUUAAUUCUUUAUAUAUAUAAAAAAAAGGCUGAUGUAUGAUUACAAAAUACAAUGUGAUCUUUUUUAUUAGUUUGUAUCGCUGUGAAUUGCAUUACAUAUUUUAUACAACUUUACAAUAGCAA